AUGUCGAGUGCAACGUAUUUUGCGUUGUCUAGCGGAACUGCCGUUGCGGCGCUACUUGUUGCUGGAACUAUUGUGAGCCUUGCGUCGAUUUUGGCCGACUUGCAAAACUUUGAAAAAGAGUUUGGCAGUGAGAUGAGCGAUUUUAAGGUAAACCCGUUUUUUCUACGAAAAUUGACAUCCUACUCAACUAUUUUUUGUUUAGCUCAAAGCCAAUGACGCUUGGUCUCAAAUGAUGGUUGCACGACGUGUUGAAUCGCCCAGCGAGCGACUUGCCUUUGAAGGACUCUUUGGACGUGUGAAAAGACAAUAUUCCGCUGGAGGUGGUGGUUAUGCUGCUGCUGGAGCUGCUGCGCCUGCGGCAGGUGGAGGAGGAGGUGGAGGGCAAUGUAAUUGUGCAGCUCAAGCUUUCUGGAUGUCCGGCUGGUCCACCAGGGCCACCUGGACAACCAGGAGAGCCAGGAGAAGCUGGAACUGCCGGAGAAGAUGGAGCUGCUGGAGGAAGUGGAGCUGCUGAUAGUUACCCAGGAGCUGCUGGAAAUUGCAUUACCUGUCCAGCCGGACCACCAGGUCCUCCAGGGCCUGACGGAAAUGCUGGACCUGCCGGACCAGCGGGACCACCAGGACCAGAUGGAGAAGCUGCUGGAUAUGCGGCACCUGGGCCAGAUGGGCCACCUGGACCUCCAGGGCCAGAUGGAAACCCAGGAGCACCAGGGCAAGAUGGAGCACCAGGGCAAGCUGGAACAAAGAGUACCAAUCAACCAGGACCUCCAGGACCAGCUGGGCCACCAGGACCGCCAGGACCUGCUGGAGAAACUGGAUAUGCUCAACCAUCGCCAGCUGGACCACCAGGGCCUCCAGGCCCGCCAGGAAACGAUGGACAACCGGGAGGACCAGGAACUCCAGGAGGACCAGGAACUGAUGGAUCACCAGGAGCUGAUGCCGCUUAUUGCCCAUGUCCACCAAGAACUCAAGGAGGAGGUGGAGGAGGAUACGAUGCAGCACCAAUUGGAGGAGGAGGCGGAGAUUCUGGAGGAUAUUCGGGAGGUGCAGGAGAUUCUGCAGCUGCUGCCCCAGCCGCUGGAGGAUAUUCAGGAGGUGCAGCUGCUUCUGCUCCACCACCAGCUCCAGCUCCAGCACCCGCUGCAGGAGGAUAUUCGGGAGGAGGUGCAGCCGCUUCUGCUCCAGCCGCUGGAGGAUAUUCAGGAGGUGCAGCUGCUUCUGCUCCACCGCCAGCUCCAGCUCCAGCACCAGCUCCAGCACCAGCUGCAGGAGGAUAUUCGGGAGGAGGUGCAGCCGCUUCUGCUCCACCGCCAGCACCCGCUGCAGGAGGAUAUUCAGGAGGUGCAGCUGCUUCUGCUCCACCACCAGCUCCACCUCCAGCACCAGCCGCUGGAGGAUAUUCAGGAGGAGCAGCUGCUGCAUCCGCCCCAGCAACCGGCUCUUAUCGUCGCAAACUCCGCAGAGUUGUCGUCCACGCCUCGAGAGCCUAG